AUGGCCAAGGUCAUUUUCACAGCAUGGAAGACCAAGGCUCAAUUACUCGACGUCCGGAGUGAAUUUUACCCGCCCUCGUUGUACAAUGGGCCGGACAUGCGCUCUCACGCUUGCGCUACAGUGGAGGCCUGGAAACUACGCGGCAAUGUCCCACAUCAUGUGGAGGCCACCGCGUUGUUGACAGACGCGAUUCUGCAUGACGAUGGGCAGAGAAACUCGAUUUUUUCCAUCCGCGCCACAUACUCCGCGGCUUUCUGUCGCUUUGUUACGGGCCUUGUAGACACCAAAGUCACUGGUCCCCGGAGAACAAUGUUCCAGCGCGCAAUGGAUAUGGGCCUGCCAGCCUCGUUUGUCGAGCUGCGCCAUGAAGCAACGCAUCGCGAGCCUCCAUCGCUCGUUGUCCUCCGCAAAGCCGCACAGCGCUCGCUGGAGUGGUUGUGGGACAACUACUGGGCGAGCAUUGACCUGGAUGGAAUCGGUGGUGCGCCUCGGCCCGCCCAUGAUGAAAACCUGCCCAUCGCAACAGCACUCAGUCGAAAGUUACACGAAAUCAGACACGGGUCAGGCUCGAGACCAGUGCUGAAGAAAAGGAAGCGCGAACAAGAGGAUGCCGUUGCGGGUCAAUUGCUUGAAAUUUGCAGUGCAUCAGAGGGCGGAAUCAGUGCCGGGUUGGCUAAGCUGGCGGUUCUACUGUUGGAUUCCGCAAUGUUGGUGGACUCGGAGAGAAAACUUGGAGACUCCAUGGACGCGAUGUUCGAAAAAUGGGAUCUGGUGCUGCAGAAGAUGGCAGACGGUCAUUCUUCAUUCUUGCUCUUUCUGUCUGAGGAGCUGGUGCACAAAUUGGCACUGGACCCUUCGACGGAAUCGUUGGAGAACACUGUGGCAGAGGGAAUCUUUCUAUGGCUGGAACAUCUGCUCACUUCGCCCGCAUGGGAGUCGCAGAGGCAUUUUCUUCCCCAGGGCUACCUCCUUGCGGUCUGCAAUGACCACCCCACCCAUUGGGCGAAGAUGCUGGGCAAGAGACUCAAGCUCCAGCAGCAAGGCACGGCUGCUGCAGUGUCCGCCCCCCAAAUGACAGCGAACCCUUCAUCGAAGAAACGGGCCCAACCCGAUUCGACUGGACGGUUUUCAAAGAGGCUGCAGGAGCAUGGAUGGGGUCUCGCUGCUCAAUGGGAAAGUCGGCCUCUGGGAGUUACCUCGAGUCACUGA